AAAUUAAGAAAAAAAGUUUGAGAAUUGAUGUCAGUUACAAUUAAGUUGAAAAUGUAGUAUUUUCUCAGAAGAGUGACAAGUAUAUUAAAUUCCUAUUGAUAAGAUUAUUUAAAUUUUUUAUUAUGACAGCAGUGAUAUUAUAGGGGUAUAUGAUAAAGUAUAUAAUGCCAAGACAACUUAGGCACCUUGUCUAAAUGUAGAAAGUAAACAUCUAAGAUAAUUUUAAAAAGUUACAAUAUUUUAGUGUUUGUGACUGAGAUGGAAACAAUUAACUGCAUGUGUUAAAUCUCUGUUCUCUCCUCAUCUUGUCGACUAUAAAAAUUUCUAAGGGGUACUUGAAAAUGGACAAACUAUAUGACACACUAGCCAUCCAAAGUCUCCUGUAUUCUGAGGUGUGUGAUGAGAUAAAAUGAUUCAAAACAGGCCUAGUGUGAGAAUUUCCUGUUCAAAUCUGAAGUGACACAUUGGUGAAGAAUCUACUUUUUCCACUCUAGCCUCACGCUGAGCCUUCAAAGGGCAGUCAGUAAAAUCAGAUACCUUUUGUGUCUUGAAGAGGUAGCCUGACCUCUCCACUGAAGAGUGUGUGACUUUCUGAUGACAGAAGGAACCGAACAGGAAGUAUUCCAAGAAGAAUUAAACCUUCAAAAUGCUUCUCUGAAUCAUCAAGGGAUUGAUAAAAUAUAUGACUGCAAAGGUUUACUGCUACCUCCAGAGAGGCUGACUGCCGAGGUUCUGGGAAUCAUUUGCAUUGUCCUGGUGGCCACUGUGCUAAAAACAAUGGUUCUUAUUCCUUUCCUGGGGCAGAACAAUUCUUCCCCGAAUACAAGAACCCAGAAAGCACAUCAUUGUGACCAUUGUCCGGAGGAGUGGAUGACGUAUUCCAACAGUUGUUAUUACUUUGGUAAGGAAAAAAGAACUUGGGAAGAGAGUUUGCUGGCCUGUGCUUCAAAGAACUCCACGCUGCUUUCUAUAGAUAAUGAAGAAGAAAUGAAAGUUCUGGCUGCCAUUUCAGCUCCCUCAUGGAUUGGUGUGUUUCGUAACAGCAGUCAUCACCCAUGGGUGUCAAUAGAUGGUUUGACUUUCAAAUAUACGAUUAAAGACUCAAAUAAUGCUGAACAUAAUUGUGCAAUGCUACAUAUAGAUGGACUUAAAUCAAAGCCAUGUGGAUCUUCAAUAAAAUAUCCUUGAUAACGUAAUCAGAUAUCGGUAAACAUAACUGUGCAAUGCUGCACUCAUCUGGACUUAAAUCACACACGUGUGGAUCGUCACAACUAUAUAAUUGUAAGCAUAAACUUUAGAAUUAAAGCAACUGAAUUUGGAGUCUGUUCAGGUAAUUUUAAAUCUCACAAAAUGGAAAUAAUAUUUUGAUUGAAAAAGUUUUAAAAUAAAUUAUGUAAUUUGUUCUAAUAAAGAAUUUUUCAAAACUGUUGGAAUGUAAUAUACAUACCACCAAGUACAGAUUUCAUUGCUGUAGGUCUUGCUCUUUUUACUCAACAUUUUAUUUGUGGCAUUCAGUCUUUCUUAAAGUUUCACAUUAUACAAGUGUGUUUAUAUGAAAUAUCAAUAAAAGGCAAUCCCAUAGAAAUAGAAAAUGGAAUAGUGGUUGCCAAUGCCUAAGGGAAGAUUGGAAUAGAAAGUGACUGUUAAUUGUUAACAGUUUCUUUUGGGGAUGAUGGAAACUUUCCAAAUUUCAGUAGUGAUAGUCAUAACUGAAUAUACUAAAAAUAACUGACUAUUGCAAUAGGACUGUUCUAAAAACAAAAAAUAAAAAUAAAAAUUAAAAAAACUGACUUAUGCACAUUAAAUGGAUGAAAUUUAUGCUGUAUGCAUGACACACCUUAAUAAAGCUAUUUUGUAAAAAAAAAAAACAACUGGAUUUAUAUUUGGGACUGAAUGUGAUAUCUAAAGUAGUGUUUAAAUAUAAGAUUUCUUUAUAACAUUGACUUCUCUAAUCAAUGUCAUGCUGUGCCCUUCAAUACAUUGUUUUCAAAAAUUAGUCCUUUUACCCCUUCUUAGACAAUGGAAAGAUCAAACUUCCUUUCCUAUGGUUUAAAUAUUUGUGUCUUCUCAAAAUUUAUAUUAACACAUCCCUAUUUUGUUAUUUUAAGAGGUAGGGCCUUUGGGGAAAUAAUUAAGUCAGCAGAGCUUUGCCCUCAUGGGUUGAUUAGUGCCUCACAAAAAAGCUGCUAGGAACUAGCAUUCACUCCGUUUUCCCUUCUGCCACAUGAGGAUGUAGCAACACAGUGCCACCUUGGAAGCAGAAAGCAGCCCUCAUCAGACACCAAAUCUGCAAAAUGUAAUGAAUAUGUAAAUCUAAAUAAAUUUAUUUCUAAUAAAAACACACAAAAUGCAUAUAAGCAUAUAUCAUAUCAGAUCAUUUAGAAUUAUAAUUAUAAAAAUACAAUAAAAUAUAAUUAAUAAAAAUACACAUAUAGCUAGCAAACAAACAUAGGUAUUUCAGAUUCACGGUUUUGCAAAUGGCAUACUUAUUUUAAAAAUUUCUUUAGUAAUUCUUGCUAUAAAUAGAAAUACAAUUGAAAUUUGCAAGCUGAUUCUUAUAUCCAGUUACUUCACUGAAUUUUUUUUGUAUUAAAUGUAUCAUUUUAGGUAUAAUUUAUUGGGUUUCCUGUAUAAACAGGUAUUGUGUCUAUAAAUAAUCACAGUUUUAUUUUUUCUUUUUAAUUGCCACAUUUUCUCUUUAUUUCUUUUCUUUUUGAUAACUGAAAAAAUUAUGGAUACAUAAUAGCGUAUGUAUUUACAAGUAUACAUGAUAUAAUGAUACAAGUAUACAAUGUGUAAUGAUCAAAUCAAGUAAUUUGGAUAUGCAUCACUUCAAAAAUUUAUCAUUGCUUUGUGUUGGAAACAUCUGAAAUCUACUCCUCUAGUUAUUUUGAAAAAUACAAUAAAUUAAAAUUAAAUAUAGUUGCCUUAUUAUGCUACCAAACACUAGAUCUUAUUCCUUUUGUCUAGUUGUACUUGCGUAAUCAUUAACCAACAUUUCUUCAUAAGCCCACACUAUACUUCCCAGCGCUAUUAACUAUUAUUCUACUCUCUACAUCCAUGAGAUCGAUUUUAUUAGUUCCCACAUAUGAGUGAGAACAAGUGAUAUUUACCUUUUUGUGCCUGGCUCAUUUCACUUAACAUGAUGUCCUCCAGUUCCAACCAUAUUGUUGUAAAUGACAAGGACUUUAUGUUUUUAUGACUGAAUAAUAGUCCAUUAUUAUUCCACAUAUAUGUGAUCUAUCUGAACCACAUUUUCUUAAGUGGCAGUACUGCAAUAAACAUGGUAGUGCAGAUUUAGCUUUGAUAUCCCGAUUUCAUUUCUUUUAAAUAUAUACCCAGCAGUAGGAUUGCUGAUCACAUGGAAGUUCUAUUUUUCGUGUUUUGAGGAAUCUCCAUAUUGUUUUCCAUAAUGACUGUGCUAAUUUACU